UGAACAGCUGAUUGUGACGUCACUCUCCAACAUGGCGGACUGGAACAGAGGUCAUGACUCUGUGGAUGAUAUGCUCGACGCUGAAAACAAGCGACUGGCUGAGAAUCUGGCCACCAAAGUCUCCAGACUGAAAUCUCUGGCGUAUGACAUCGACAGGGAAGCUGAUGAUCAGAAUGACUAUCUGGACAACAUGGACUCAAACUUCCUGAGUGCGACAGGCCUGCUGAGCGGCAGCGUGAAGCGUUUCUCCACCAUGGUCCGAUCCAGCAGAGACAAUCGCCGCAUCCUCUGCUACGUCUCUAUGGGCCUGGUGGUGGUUUUCUUCAUGCUCUACUACCUGAUUUCAAGAAUUCAGCGCUGAUGUGACCACCAGAUCAGACUCUGGAAUCCCCUGUGAUUUUCCUACAACAUAGAGAACUUUUUUGCUGUGAGAAAGUGAGGGGGAAACUUGCAGAAAACAUUUUUGAUGAAUUGUUGAACUGACUCUCAAGGCAGUCACGGUCACAUGAACAAUAUUUGAGUAUUUAAAGAAAACAAAGAGAAGAAUGUGUCUUGUGGACUGAAGGAUUUUGUGCUUGACACUUGUGCUUGCCACCCACGAAGUCCUAAUAUGGGCAAAGAGAGGGUGGAGCCUGAUGUAAAGAUACCUAAAUAGAGCAUGAUAUGUAGAUAAACCUGUCCUGGCCAGUGUAUGUUGAUUAUAAAGUAGCUGUCUCAGGCUCAAACAACACAAUUUAAUUUACACAUACACAUGCUUAUAUAUAUAUAUAUAUAUAUAUAUAUAUAUAUAUAUAUAUAUAUAUAUAUAUAUAUGUAUUUAUAUGUAUGUAUGUAUAUGUAUAUAUACGUAUAUAUAAGUAUAACAUCUAAAUAAUAUGACUGUUUCACAAUGACAAUACAUUUUAAUUUUGGUAAUGAGAAGGCUACAGAAAGGUCAACAAACAUUGGUAUUUUUUUACAGCGUGAUUUAAAAGUCAAACUGGUUUGAUGUUGGCACAUUGUUUUAUUGUUUCCCCUAAAUUAUGUUGCAGAUUUUGUUUUAAGGAUGUUUGUCACAGUAAAAAGGUAGCACUGUCUGCUUAUCUGUUUGUAGUGUGGGACUGGGACAAAGUAGACAAUGGUUUGGCACGUGAUAAGGGGGGCAGUAUGAAACAUUCAGACAUGUUAAAUGAUUGGGGCCUAUCCUGCUCAUGGGUCACAGGGGCAUUUAUUUUUAAUAAUAUGUAUUAAUAUAUAUUUUACUCAUUGAUUUUUUGGCAAAGACAGAGGGAAAGGAUCAAUAGAAAAGCAUAACAUUCCUGAUACUGAUCAGCCCUAACACACUUUUAUUAUUAUCAUCAUUACGUAAUGUAAUAAAGGGUUUAUUUUUGAA